GAGGAGAAGAAACUUGCAAUGGCAUCUCUUGAGUUUGAAGGAUAUGCUCUGAUUUGGUGGGAGCAACUUCUUCGUGAUCGUGAAGAAGAUGGAGAGGACCCUAUUAUUACUUGGCAAGAGAUGAAGCGAGAAAUGAGAAUUCGUUUUGUGCCGAAGCAUUAUCGGCGUGAUCUUUUUGAUAAAUUGCAGAAUUUGAGGCAAGGAAGUUUCUCUGUUGAGGAGUAUUAUAAGGAGAUGGAGAAAGCCAUGAUUAGAGCCAAUGUGUAUGAAGACGAAGAGCAAACCAUUGCACGUUUCAUGGCUGGGUUACACCGCAACAUUCAGCGUAUUGUUGAGUUUCAGCCGUACCAAAGUCUUAUUGAUUUGGUACAUCAAGCCACCAAAGCUGAACGCCAGCUGCAACAAGAUGCUAAGAGCAGCAAGCCCUUGUCAUAUGGUGCACGAACCAUGACUGGAGGAAGCAAAUCGAUCUCAAGCUAUAAACCAGCAGCCUCCACUUCAACGUCAGUGGGUUCAACAGCCAAGAGUAGUGGUAUUCAGUGCUUCAAGUGUGGAGGUCGUGGUCAUGUCAUAAAGGAGUGUCCAAAUAAUCGUGUGAUCCUUGUGACUGAUGAUGGAGAAUAUACAUCAGCUAGUGAAGAGGAAGCUGAAGCAGGAAAUGAAGAUGACAUUGAUAAAUCUGAAGAACAUACGGGAUGUGAAUUUGAGCAUGGUACUACUCUUGUGGUUACACAAAUCUUGAGUGUUCAAAUGAAAGAAGCUGAAAUUGGACAGCGACAUAAUCUUUUUCAAACACGAGCAAAAGUGCAAGACAAAGUAGUAAAGGUGAUCAUUGAUGGAGGGAGCUGUCAUAAUCUUGCAAGUCGUGAGAUGGUUGAAAAGCUUGGUUUGAAGUUGCAGCGACACCCUCAUCCAUAUCAUGUCCAAUGGCUGAAUGAAUCGGGAGAUAUCAAGAUUGGUUAUAAAGUGAAAGUUCCGUUCAAGAUUGGAGAGUAUGUUGACAUAGUUUGUGAUGUUGCACCCAUGUCUGUGUGUCACAUGCUGCUAGGAAGACCUUGGCAAUAUGACCGGCAGGACUAUGAAGACGUAUUUCCACAAGAAACACCGGCUGGACUACCUCCAAUUCGAGGGAUUGAGCAUCAAAUCGAUCUUAUUCCAGGGGCUGCACUUCCUAACCGUCCACCAUAUCGAACCAAUCCCGAAGAAACUAAGGAAAUACAAAGGCAAGUACAAGAACUUCUUGAUAAAGGUUUUGUUCGUGAAAGCUUAAGCCAUUGUGCUGUUCCUGUGAUUUUAGUACCUAAGAAAGAUGGAUCUUGGAGGAUGUGUGUUGAUUCAAAAGGAAUAGAGGUGGAUGAAUCCAAGGUGAAAGCCAUCAAGGAUUGGCCAGCUCCAACGAAUGUAAGUCAAGUAAGAAGUUUUCAUGGUCUUGCUGGUUUUUAUAGAAGAUUUGUGCGAGAUUUCAGUACCAUCGCUUCUCCUUUAAAUGAAUUGACAAAGAAAGGUGUUGAAUUUAAAUGGGGAAACUCACAAGAAGAUGCUUUUCAAGAAUUGAAGAAACGUUUGACUGAAGCACCUGUACUUAUUCUUCCUGAUUUCACUAAAACUUUUGAAGUAGAAUGUGAUGCUAGUGGGAUUGGGAUAGGAGGAGUUUUAAUGCAACAAGGAAAACCUAUAGCAUAUUUUAGUGAAAAAUUGGGAGGUGCUCAAUUAAAUUAUUCUGUGUAUGACAAAGAAUUGUAUGCUUUGGUCCGAGCGCUUGAAACAUGGCAGCACUACUUAUGGCCAAAAGAGUUUGUUAUUCAUUCCGAUCAUGAAGCUUUGAAGUAUUUGAAAGGGCAAGCCAAACUGAACCGUCGCCAUGCCAAAUGGGUUGAGUUUAUCGAAACAUUUCCAUACAUUGUGAAAUAUAAGAAAGGUAAGGACAAUGUGGUCGCUGAUGCCUUGUCUCGAAGGAAUGAUGGAUUUUUGUUUAGAGCUAACAAACUUUGUGUACCAAAUUCUUCGGUUAGAUUGCUUUUAUUGCAGGAGUCACAUGGAGGCGGUCUAACAGGUCAUUUUGGACAAAGGAAGACUUAUGAAAUGCUCAGUGAUCAUUUCUAUUGGCCCAAGAUGAGGAGAGACGUCAUCAGAUUUGUGGAGCGUUGUGUCACCUGUCACAAAGCUAAGUCAAAAUUGAACCCUCAUGGUUUAUAUACUCCUUUACCCGCUCCUAAAAUUCCUUGGGAAGACAUAAGCAUGGAUUUUGUUUUAGGACUGCCGAUGACUCGAAAGAAGAGAGAUUCUAUUUUUGUUGUGGUUGAUAGAUUUUCAAAAAUGGCUCAUUUUAUUCCAUGCAACAAGAGCGACGAUGCUUCACAUGUUGCUAAUUUGUUUUUCAGAGAAAUCGUGAGACUACAUGGAGUGCCCAAGACCAUCGUAUCUGACCGUGAUGUGAAGUUUGUGAGCUAUUUUUGGAAAACAUUGUGGGCAAAGCUUGGGACUAAACUUUUGUUCUCCACCACAUGCCACCCCCAAACUGAUGGCCAAACUGAAGUGGUGAAUCGUACAUUGUCAAUGCUGCUGCGAACAAUGGUAAAGAAGAACUUGAAGGAUUGGGAGGAAUGUUUGCCACACGUGGAGUUUGCUUAUAAUAGGGCAGUACAUUCUACAACUAAUUUAUGCCCCUUCGAAAUUGUAUAUGGGUUUAAACCUAUUGCUCCCAUAGAUUUGUUGCCCCUUCCCUUGGUUUGGAUUCACUUGCGCAAGGAGCGUUUUCCUGAUCAGCGCAAAUCCAAAUUGAUGCCACGAGGGGAUGGUCCAUUUCGUGUUCUUGCCAAGAUCAAUGAUAAUGCAUACAAGAUAACUGGAUCGAAACUCACUGAAUACACUCAAAGGCAGCCCCUUGGUGAAGAUGUUAGCGAACUGCGACAUGGUCGGGACGCUGAGAACGCGAACAUCACCGGCAACGACACGCUCGCGGAUGAAGUGAACACUACAGUAAAACGACUCACAUCCGACGACCACUUAAUCGCUGACGGCUUCCUACACCACCGUCGGACGCACCACCGUUUCAUUUCCAUCUGCCACCGCUCGCUCUAUCGCUGCUGCCGCCGCGCUGUUGCUCCGUCGCUACCGCUGUGCUACCCUCCCGCUGCCGUCAACAGCCACCACCCCAGCCCCUGGCCGGGCCACCCUGCUCGUGCCGCCGCCCCAGCGUCCACCACCGCCGUCGAGCCUCUACCAACCGUCGGCGGUCACCACCGCCGCCCCGGCACCUACCCCGACGCCGGCGGCCCUGACUCGUCCCCCGCCCCACCCACGCCGACGACCGUCCCGCCGUCAAGCCGCUAA